CCGUAAUCCAUUCCGUACAUGACUUUAGUCUCAGUCUGAAGUACUCCCAGAGCAAGAGAACGAACUGAUACUGCCCAGAAUCAUGCUGCAACUCUGGCGCUCCGACAUGGCCGCCUUGCCCACAGUCGCCCGCGCAGUUGGGGCUAUUGUCCUGGCCUUACUGGCCAGCGGCCUGCUUUUCUUGCUCCAUGCCGUUGUCUAUCGCGCUUUUUUCCACCCUUUGGCCAAGUAUCCCGGGCCUCUGCUUGCCAAGUUCACGAAUCUGUAUGCCGCGUAUCAUUCAUGGAAAGGCGACAUUCACAAGGACAUGUACCGCAGUCACCUGAAAUACGGCGAUCGCGUCCGCUAUGCUCCCAACCGGGUUAUUCUGAACACCGCAGAGGCGCUUAACGCUAUUCACGGCCACGGUAACAACGUGAAGAAGUUCGAGGGCUACAAGGUUCUGGCGGCGAACGCGCCUAACACGCUGACGCUAUCGGACAAGGCCCUACACGCUCGUAGAAGACGUGUCAUCAGCCAGGCCUUCUCCGAAGCUUGCCUGCGACUCUUUGAACCAGCGGUUCGCUCCAGGAUCAACCGGUUUUGUCAAGUCCUGCGCAGUCAUGGCCAGUCUGGCGGGGAAUGGACCGAUCCCCUGGACAUGUCACUCCGGUUCAAUUACCUUACCUUCGACACGAUGACGGCCGUGUCCUUUGACACCGACUACCACCUGACAGACGAACCGAAGUACCGCUAUGUGGUCGGCGCUAUCGAAGAGGCAAACAUCCGGCUGGGCGUCAUCUCACAGGCUCUCGAGCUAACGGCUUUUCACAUGGACCGAAGAAUCUUCAUGAAGUCGGCCAUCGCGGCUUGGACGUUCGGCAAAUUUCUCUACAAGCUGCUGCGCCAGCGACUCGAGGCGAGCAAUACCGGCACCAAAGACAUAUUCUCGUUCCUGCAGCAGUGCCGAGACCCCGAUACGGGCAAGGGACUCAACGAUGCAGAACUGAGCACCGAGGCGGCGACGUUCGUUGUGGCUGGAUCCGACACCACUGCAACGACCCUAGCCGCGGUAACGCACUAUCUGACGGGGUCGCCCCGGUGCUACCGCCGGGCUCGCGAGGAAGUACGGAUGACGUUUGCCUCUGCGGAAGAGAUCCGGCUGGACCCUCAGCUCAACUCGUGCGUGUUCCUACGCGCCUGCAUCGACGAAGCCCUGCGCCUCUCGCCGCCCGGAGGCAGUGCCCCGUGGCGCGAAGUUGACCGCGGUGGCGCCACGAUCGACGGCGAGUUCUUCCCCGAAGGCUGCGAGGUCGGGGUCGCCGUCUAUACGAUUCACCACAACACACGGUACUGGGAGGACGCGUUUAGCUACACGCCCGAGCGAUGGCUCCGGUCGUCGGCGGAAGAAGAUCAGGAGAGUAAGCUGAAGAGAGGCUCGGAGAAGAAGAAGCCCUACGUUCCCUUCAGCAUGGGUCCUCGGAGCUGUGUGGGGAAGCCGCUCGCGAUUGCGCAGAUGAUGCUCACUCUGGCCGUUCUGCUCUGGGAGUUCGAUUGGCGGAGGGCGGACCAAGACGAGUCCUGGGAGACCAAGGACACGGCACCACCAACGACAGAGUACGAGCUCAGGGAGCAUAUAACAUCGCACAGAGAAGGUCCUAUACUGCAAUUUCGACCCCGC